AUGGAGCUCACUUUCUCUCUCCAAACCACCGUCUUCAUCUCGUUCGCCUCACUCUACCUCCUCAUCUUCCUCCUCCGCCGUAAACCCAACAAAAUCUCCGGCGGCGCCUCGCACGGCUUCAGAACCUACCCGCUCCUCGGCACCCUCCCCGAUUUCAUCCGCAAUCGCCACCGCUUCCUCGAGUGGACCACCGGGGUGCUAGCCCGCUGCCCCACCAACACCGCCGUUUUCCGCCGCCCCGGAAAAAUCCACGGCGUCAUCACCGCCAACCCUCUAAUCGUCGAGCACAUGCUCAAGUCCCACUUCGACAACUUCCCUAAAGGCGCCCGCUUUAGGUUCCUUUUGCAGGAUUUCCUUGGAACAGGCAUCUUCAACUCCGACGGGGAACUGUGGAAAAUCCAGCGAAAGACAGCAAGCUACGAGUUCAACACAAAAUCUCUCCGUAAUUUUGUAAUGGAGAACGUCGUUUUCGAGCUGAAAUCCCGGCUAGUUCCGGUUCUUGAGAGUUCGGCGAAAACCGACCGUGUUCUUGAUUUUCAGGACAUCCUCGAAAGGUUCGCAUUCGACAACAUAUGUAAAGUUGCUUUCGAUGUCGACCCGGGUUGCCUCGAAGGAGAUGGAACCGUAGGCAGCGAGUUCAUGCGGGCUUUUGAUGAGGCUGCGAAUCUCAGCUCGGGCCGAUUCAUGUAUGCCCUGCCAAGUAUUUUCUCGAUCAAGAAGUUUUUCGAUCUGGGCUCGGAGAAAAAACUGCGGGUAUCCAUAGCCAAAGUGCACGAAUUUGCCGAUAGGAUCAUAAGAACUAGAAUGGAGGAGGGCAAAAAAAAGGGGAAAAAAGGCGAAGACUUGCUGUCGAGGUUUAUCAGUAAUUCGAAUCUCGAAAAAAGUAAUUCACUCGAUUUUCUUAGGGACAUCGUGAUCAGUUUCAUCCUAGCUGGUCGCGACACGACUUCAUCUGCACUUUCUUGGUUCUUCUGGCUGCUCUCUUCAAGACCGAACGUGGAACAAAAAAUCCUGCAAGAACUCGAAAAUAUCCGGGUUUUAAACGGGAAAUCGACAAGUGGAGGGAGUUAUUAUACUUUUGACGAGCUCCGUGAAAUGCACUAUCUUCACGCAGCGAUUUCCGAGGCCAUGAGGCUAUACCCUCCGGUCCCAGUCGACACGAAAGCUUGCAUCAAAGAUGAUAUUUUGCCGGACGGUACAUUUAUCGGGAAAGCUUGGUUCAUUUCGUACGAUACGUAUACAAUGGGAAGGAUGGAGAGUGUUUGGGGGAAGGAUUGUUGCGAGUAUAAGCCCGAGAGGUGGAUCGAGAAUGGUGUGUGCAGACAAGAAAGCCCGUUUAGGUAUCCGGUUUUUCACGCCGGGCCAAGGAUGUGUCUCGGGAAGGACAUGGCUUUUAUACAGAUGAAAUCGAUUGCGGCGUGUGUUUUGGAGAGGUUCAAGAUAGAUGUGUUGUUGGAAAAGGGCAAGUGCCCUGAGUAUUUGCUGUCAUUGACACUGAGGAUUAAGGGCGGUUUGCCUGUGAAAAUUAAGGAGAGAAAUGUGUGA